CCGCUCCAAAAACUGCGGCACCGGUGACGCUAAAUAUGAUUGGGCCACGUGGAGGUGAUGUGGCAUGAGUUGGCUUUCAUUGACCCAGGCCCAAAGUCUGUGAGUGCUGAGUACUAGAACCAAACUGCAUUGCCCACACUAACGGAGACCCUUCUUCGUCCAACCCAAACGCCAAAAUGUUUUAAUUAGGUUAUUUUUUGCAAGCUCCAGAAAACAGCGGUCAAUGGCGGAAGGAACCGGAAGGUAGUUCCGCAAACUCCACCAGCGGUCACUCCAGACGGUGCCAAGUGAGAGAAGGGGAGGACCGCGGCGGUCACUGCAGAAUCAAUAGGGUCACUUGUUCUUGGUCGAUCUCAUCUCCAGGGUCAACCUUACCCUUCGAUUCCAGAUCGGAGGCGAAGGAACAUGUAUCUGCGCCGCCUGUGUCAAAAUCGAAAACCGCCAACACCGAUGCAAUUUCUGGAACAGCCUACCCGAUUCAACUCCACUAAGAUCCGUCACCUGCUCCGUCGUCAUCGAAAUCUCAUCUUCCCCUCAUUUUGACCCUAAUCGAGGUCUUCGAUCCAAGAUCCUCUUCUGCAUCUUUUUAUCUGUUCGUUUCUUGAUGGAGUCGUAUUGCCCAGUCCAAGGUUCUAUCUCAUUGUAUGUUAUCACGAUAGGAUUUGGAGAAUUUUGCAUCCGUACUUCAAACAUUAGGAGUAGGGUUCAAUUCCCAUUUAGGGUUCUCAUUAGUUUCUGCUUAGUGGGAAAAAGUUUAAUGUUUGAAUGAUUUGGGAGCAACCGCCGGUGAAGGAAGCGUCUCUCACUUCUCUGACCUGGACUCGUUUGCCUUUUGGCGGAGGCGCUUUUCGAUGGUGUCAGAGGCCUACGAAUAUAUAGAUUUCUUCGCCUCUGAACAAGUAGCUGGAGUGUUUUGGAGAUGGGAUCGGCCAUGAACAAGUCACCGGAGUGAUUUUGGAGAGAUUCAGGAGAAGGAUAUCGAUAAACUCCCUUCUGGUUCGUCGGCCAUCAUCCCUUGUUUCUCUGUUUUCUGAAUCUUCCUUUAAACAAAGUAACAAAAUAAUUACAUUUUUAAUCAAUAAAAAUAAAGAUUGUUUGGCAAAAAAAAGGAGGAAUCGUUUGGGUUUGACAGAGAAGGAGUCUCCGUUUGAAUGUGAGUGAGGGACGGGUUGGUUAUGGUUAGUAGUAUACUCAUGGGUUUUGGUUUUGAAUUAAAUCAAUUAAGUGACUGCCACAUAAGCUCCACGUGGCCCAAUCAAAUGUAGCGUCACCGGUGCCUCAGUUUUUAGAGCGGCACCGUAGUAUUGGCCAAGUAACAAACUUGACAGCCAGCCCAAGCGAUUGUCCAACCAUCCAGGAAAGCCCAAAUCAUAAUCCAACCAAGGCCCAAACGAAAAAUAAAAAUAAAAUGAAGCCAAAAAUGAAAAUGGAAAAAUAUCUUGAAUUUCGUCCAGGUUCACUGAAUUCAUUCCAACGAACCCCUUCUCCUCCUUCCUGGAUUCUCCGUCAACCAUCUCUUACGCUAAGCCUAGCAUACCAUUCCACCCCAAACCCCAAUUCCCCUCUUCCUGCUCUGCUCUUUGGUCGGACUUCUCGCCGUUCCUUUUCUUCAGUCGCCGGUCCGACCAUCUUCUAUGCCACCAUCCUCUCCACCUCUCUGCUGCUUCACAUCUCUCGAUCUCUCUCCCUGCUCCUGCUCCUGUUUUGACAGCCGCUACUGCUGUUGUUGUUGUUGAUGAUGGAAUCCAACUUGUCUCUGGGCUUGGUCCCCAGCGUCUCCCCUGCUGCUACCCACCGCUCCCAGAUUUCCGACGGUUCCAUCUCGCUCCGUGAGACCUCUUCCGCCUCUUCGGCCGUCUCCGUCCAUCCGUCGUCCACGUCGUCGCUCCCGCUCCGGCUGCUGGAGUCCAUCAACGAGAAUUACCCCCGCGGCGGUGGUCUCCUCCACCAGAACGGUUCCGCCGUGGAGCUGAAUAGCGACCCGGGGGACGAGGAGGACGAGAGGGAGUUUCGAAUUCUAGGUCAUUCGAUGUGCUUCAAGCGGCGCCGCUCCGAUUCCGAAAUUCAGUGCAGUCCUGGAAAGAGGGUAGCCGUGGUGGCGGCGAGCGAAUCGGAUGUUCAGGAGCGGCGGAACUCGGUGAAGGCUUGGGGAAACCAGUCGAUUAGCGAGGCAGAUCCGGAGCUGUUCGAGAUUAUUGGGAAGGAGAAAGAGAGGCAGUUCAAAGGGAUUGAGCUGAUCGCGUCGGAGAAUUUCGUGUGUAGAGCUGUGAUGGAAGCGCUCGGGAGUCAUCUGACCAACAAGUACUCGGAAGGGAUGCCGGGGGCGCGUUACUAUGGUGGGAAUCAGUACAUUGACGAGAUUGAAACCCUGUGUUGCAAGCGGGCGCUUGAUGCUUUCGGCUUGGAUUCGGAAAAUUGGGGUGUUAAUGUCCAGCCAUACUCUUGUACUUCGGCUAAUUUCGCUGUGUAUACAGGGUUGUUGUUGCCUGGAGACAGAAUCAUGGGUCUGGACACCCCUUCUGGAGGUAAUACUAGCCAUGGUUGUUAUAUGCCGAGUGGUAGGAAAGUGUCUGGUGCCUCCAUUUUCUUCGAGAGUUUGUCGUAUAAGGUGAACCCACAAACUGGUUACGUUGAUUUCGAUAAGCUGGAAGAAAGGGCGCUUGAUUUCAGGCCCAAGAUUCUCAUAUGUGGUGGAAGCUCGUACCCCAGGGAGUGGGAUUAUGCAAGGUUCAGGCAGAUUGCGGAUAAGUGUGGUGCUGUUCUUUUGUGUGACAUGGCUCAAAUUAGCGGCCUUGUUGCGAGUAAGGAAUGUGUCAAUCCUUUUGAUUACUGUGAUAUUGUUACCUCAACAACUCAUAAAAGCUUGCGUGGACCAAGGGGAGGCAUAAUUUUCUAUAGGAAGGGUGCGAAGCCGAGGAAAAGAGGAAUGCUUUUAAGCCAGGGCAAUGAAAGUGAGCAGUAUGAUUUCGAGGAGAAGAUCAACUUUGCUGUAUUUCCAUCAUUGCAAGGUGGACCUCACAACAACCACAUAGCCGCUCUUGCCAUCGCCUUAAAGCAAGUUGCUACUCCUGAAUACAAGGCGUAUAUGCAUCAGGUGAAGCGUAAUUCACAGGCUUUAGCCAAUGCAUUGUUGAGAAGAAGAUGCCGUCUGGUAACUGGAGGCACGGACAACCAUCUGUUACUUUGGGAUCUGAGGCCACUGGGACUAACAGGUAAAACAUAUGAGAAGGUCUGCGAGAUGUGCCACAUUACUGUGAAUAAAAUUGCAAUCUUUGGUGAUAAUGGCACCAUUACUCCUGGUGGCGUAAGGAUUGGUACACCUGCUAUGACAUCUAGAGGUUGCCUGGAACCAGACUUUGAGACGAUGGCUGAUUUUCUACUGAGGGUUGCACAGAUCGCGAGCAUGUUACAGCGUGAACAUGGCAAGUCCCCAAAGGCUUUCCUGGAAGCUCUGCAGAGCAGCAAGGACCUUGCCGAGGUCCGGAACCAAGUCGAGAGCUUUGCAACUCAGUUUGCUUUGCCCGGUUUAGAUGUGUGAAUGUGAAGAAAUUAUGAUGCGUCUCUGAAGUCUGAACUGCUACAAAGCAUCAUCAACCAUAAAUCUGGUAACGCCUGGCCUGUACUCUUCUGCAGCUCUUCGGCCAGCAUCUUGAAGCCACAUUGCGGAUUUCACUGCUCGUUUGAACCCCCCCGAGUGAGCAUUAUUCACAUUCAUAACGCAGUUAUUGUUGCUUCAUUUCUCUUGGUGUUGAGGGUUUUGAUCUGUUGGGUGGUGUCAAUAGGUUUCUGUUAAGUCUCUGGUAAGUGCAGUAUACUCAAAAUUGAUUGUAGAUAGAAAUUUUGGUAUAAAGAUGUGAAAACAGAAGGAUUUAUUUAGUGAAAGGCGGGAUCCUUGAUCAGGUGGCAAGGACGGAUAUCAGUUUACUUGGGAAAGAGGUAACGCAGGAGAACGAAAUCCACCUCAUUUAAUUAGCUCUCAAUCAUCGUCACUCUCAGCUUCAUUGCUCUAUGGUGCGUCGUUUGUUGGUAAUCGAUAUGAACUCUAUAAGCGUCACAUCUUCUUCUGAUUCGAUUUCUCGUCCUAAGUCGGUCAAAGGGAAACAGAUGUUAAAACAAGGAGGAAGUAAUAGCAACAAAGUUUUGAAGAUGCUAAUGAUGAGUGAGGGGCUCUAAGGGGGAAAAAGAGUGCUAGGGCAACAGUUGGAAAAGAACUCAAUAGGGAAUCUUGAUGAUGGCCACAUUGUCCUCCCAAAGCUCUCUUCUCUCUUGUCCCAGUAGGCAGUAGUAGUGGUUCUUCUCCUUCUUCCAUCAUUAUAACAACAACAACAAUAAUAGCAUUUCGCAAAUAAAAUGAUUAGCCAUUAUUAACUUCCUUCUCUUAUAUACUAGUCAAAGAAUCUUCCUAUGGUGGCAUGAGAUCUCUUACAAGAGCACGACCUUGGCCUUGCAAUUCCAGUUUGCCAGGUGCUUAGGUGAAGUUCGAUCAUAUCGUAUAAACAUUUGAAUGAUGAAGUACGACGGUAACUUUCGUUAUAAAAGUCGUCACCUUACCAUCCAAAAUGUUAAUAAUUCAUUGUUUCUUUUCAGUUUGUUCCUUUUUUUUUCUUUUUCUUUUUUAAGCUUCACAAAAAAGGCAAAAGGGAGGAGAAAAGAAGUAGGGUAGCUACUUAGCUAGCAAACAACAACUAUGAACGAGUAGCUUGAUCUUUUAAGCUUUGAAUUAACAACUUUUGCAAUGUGUGGGUAUUUUUGAGCCCUCCCCCUUUUUACUUCUGAUUUGCUUCUUUUUUGGUUCGAGGAUCCUGGUGGAGGCUGCUAGCUGUUCCUAUCCAGCAACCACCAUGUAAUUAUAGAGUCAAAAGAAAGAGGGGAAAAAGGAAGGAUUUUAAUAUGAAGGGAACUAAGUGCCCUAGCUAGUUAGAUUGUAACUACUAGCAGAAAGCUGAGGGAGCUAGCAUGGUCCUAGCUAAGAGAGGGAACACCUAGCAGAUCAGGUGAUCUAAUGGAAGAUUAAUAGGUAUUUUGAAGUCGGGGAGAGAAGAGAGUUCCCGAAUUUUAAUUACUUGUCCGCGCGCAUAAGAAUUGUUGUUUACACACGUCACUGUGUCUAGAGCGAAGGAGUCAUCCGUGCUGAAGUGGUAGAUCUGAUGCGGUACCAUCCUGUAGGCUGUAGCCAUCGUGGAUGUGAAGUUGGAUUAAUUUGUUGCUAGGUUUUUAGACAUUCAACUAACGCGCUCUUCGGAUCGAUUACUUCUAUUAUUUCGCUUUUUAUGCAUUAUUUUCAAAUAUUGAUAAUUUUUACUACACAUUUCCGCCGCUCGUAGUGGAUUUAUAAACUCGAUGCUUGAUUUUUAGUCGGCCAGACACUUACUUAACAAAUUCAUGAUAUAUGAUUUUUGACCCAUAUCCAGUCCCCUCGUAUACCCCCUUCACACUCUUAUUUUUAGACAUCAUCAUCACCAUCAUCACAAUGGAGUAUUCGUGAGCCGAUCUCAACAUCUUUGGUGAUUGAAUCCCAUGCAUUCAGUCCAAUAUCCCGACCUGCUACGAAUUUAGUUUUUCAACUCGCAUUUCUAAACACUCAAAUACUCGAUAUUUUAACACCCAUGUUGCUCCUUUUUUUUUUCCACAUUUGAUGUCUACAUUCGAAGCCUCAAAUCCUAGACAAACACAAACUAUGAUGUUCAAGCCAAUUUCUUUCUUUCCCCCUUUUUUUUGGGGUUCAAUGUAUCAAUCAUAAUGUAUAAUAAUAAUAUAUAUUCAUUCCUUUAGUAGUGAGUAGUAGUGGAGUAUAAUCAUAGUACCUACUGACUAUUGGUGAGAAAAGGGCAACCUUCCCAUGCAAUCGUUUUGAGGCUGUCUCGGAGAUGGGUGACACAGAUUUCUCUUUUUUUCCUUCAGAAUAACCCAACCAACCAACCAAACAAACUUUCUUUUGCUGCUUCUGGUUUCAGUCCCCAUUUGCCUUUCACUUUCCUCCAUAUUUGCUGCUUUCAACAACAGAAAGAUCUAAAGGGGAAGAAGAAGAAGGCCUGGUUUUGUGGACAUGGUUUCAGGUCUUCAUCCACUGGCUUCUACGUAUCACCCAACCCUUCAUGAUUGCAUUGUUUCGUUAUUUGGAUGUCAAUUUUCUAGUUUUGUGGAUGACAGAAAAAAAAUUCUGAUCCAUUAACAUAUGAGGAUAGGUCUAUAUAUAAUACACCCGUCAUUUAUGGGUGCACACAACAUAUGUCAUAUUGUCGUGUUGUAUAUGAUUAACAAAGAGUUUAUUGUAGCGAGUUCUCUGAAAUUACGUUAGAGGAAUAGCAUUGUAAAAAAAAAAAGAACACCGUAAGGGAAAUAAUUAUUCAGAAUAACUCGGAAAUACCAUAUUCAUAAAAAAAUGCAUCAUUGUAUACUAAAAUACCACAAAUAUGAAAUAAUGCAUCCAAAUGAAAAAUCCAUAUAAAUCUUGACAAAUAAGUUGUACAUUCUACAUUAAAACAUUUGUAAACAUCCACAAAAUGGAACUUAAAAUUUACAAAUUGGAAAUCAAAAUUUGUAAAUGGU